CAUUUGGUGCUCGUGGCGUAACACGAACACGCCCCAUUCGUCGUCUGCUUCAGAUGGCGCAGUUCCGUCGACGGUGCACGGGCCAAGCAAAUGCUAAUGUGAUGCUGUCUCAAAUUAUUGGUCAAUUCAUUAAUUGCCAGUUAAACUGUAAAAAUUGACUCUGUAGUCAUUUUUUGUAACUCGAAAACUGAAUCACUUCGGACGGCACCGACACACGUCGGAGCUGCAGGCAGCUUUCUGUCGUCUGCUUGCUACUCUUGAAGGAAAUACCGAUUUUCUUCUUUCCCUUCUUUGCUUUUUCUAUGAAAGCCUGAUUAAUCAGGCACGAGGAACAACGGUGAUGUUUAAGUAGCCACCGUGUUUCGAGUUCUCGCCGCGGCGCAGUCGGGAUCCGAGAGUUCGUGUACAAAUUUCGCCGCCCGGUUUAUCGAUUGUCAGUUCUGAAGAAGAUCGCCAUGUUAGAUUGAGUCGUGCAACGCAGCUUUUAUGCCCGCGUCCGAAGACAACGCGAAAUUUCGUCCGGGAAAUAACGCCGGAUUGCCAGAGGCCGACGCUUUGCUUCAACGGCCAAUGGCAAAGGAUACCAUUUACCUGUGCAACUUCCGAGUGUCUGUCGACGGAGAGUGGCUGUGCCUGAAGGAACUUGCUGAUGUUCAGUUUGAAGCACAGAAGUCUACGCAGAAUGAAAAUGCUCAGUCUCUCGCUAUUCUUCCCAGCAACUUUGAUGAUCGGGAUCCGGUGGCCAUCGAGCGUUCCAACCUGGUUAACCUGACAAAAUUGGUCGUCAAAGAACUCAUAGAAUCUUCUCUGAAGUAUGGUCGCAUGCUGGACUCCGACCAUCCCCCACUACAGCAUUUCUUUAUACUCUUGGAACACGUCCUGAGGCAUGGCCUGAAACCAAAAAAAGGACUUCUAGGACCAAAGAAGGAAUUGUGGAAUGUCCUUGAAGCAGUUGAGAAGUAUGUUCCGGAGGCAGCCGACAUUACGGCUAGCGUUCGAGACCUGCCCACUGUAAAGAGCCAACUGGGGAGGGCCCGUGCUUGGUUGCGGCUAGCACUGAUGCAGAAAAAGCUGGCCGAUUACUUUCGCCUCGUGAUUGAUAAGAAAGACGAGCUUUUAGGGGACUUUUAUGAGGAGGAUGCCCUCGUUUUGUCAGAGGAAGCUGUCGUGAUUGGAGGCCUCUUGGUCGGACUCAACGUCAUUGAUUGUAAUCUGUGCGUCAAGGAGGAAGACUUGGAUUCUCAGCAAGGUGUGAUCGAUUUUGGACUCUACCUUAGGGAUAACUCUUACGUCGAAUGUUCGGGGGAAGGGGUGGAACAGGCAAGCAUGACUGCUGUAUUAGAUCAGAAGAAUUACAUUGAGGAACUCAACCGGCAUCUGAACGCUACCGUGACAAACUUACAACAAAAAGUCGAGCAGCUCCAGACAACCAAUGCACUCAUGAAAGAAGACAUGGCCAUCGCUAAAAAUCAGCUUUUGUCCCUCGAAGAAGAAAAUGCAGUCCUCCGGCAGCAUCAGGAUUCCGUUGUUGAGGAGCAUCAAAGGAAACUGCUGAAUGCCAGAGCAGACAUGAACCUUGAAAGGGAAACACUUCAAGCUAACCAGGCGGGGCUCGAUUCACUCUAUACGGAGGUCCGUAGGCAACUAUCCGAAGAGGUGGAUAGGAGACAGGAGGCCGAGAUGGCACUGAAACUCCUCGAGAAGGACAUCCACGAGAAGCAGGACACGAUUGUGUCGCUUAGAAGGCAAUUAGAGGACAUUAAGGCCAUCAACAUUCAGAUGUACAACAAGCUGCAGGGGUGUGAGUCAACGUUGAAGGCAAAAGUGGACCAAAUAGCGAAAAUGGAGCAGAAAAUGGCACAACUCUCCAGCAAUCUGAAGGAUGCGGAGUCGAAAGCACAGACAGUUGAGAAACAGAAACAGGCAUUUGAAGAAACAACACGAAGCCUGGGACAACAGCUGGUCGAGAGAGAUCAAAAGAGGUCCAUAUUAGAGUCUGACAUGAAAAUUGAACAUGAAUGGAGAGUCUCAUUGCAAGCCUCUGUGUCAGAGCAGCAAGAUGAAAUUGCGAAGCUUCGGCACGACCUAGAAGCUUUUCAACAAAUAGUUCAGGAUCAUGAAAAGCUGAAAGUCGAGUUCAGCGAGAUGGAGCGGAAGUGUACCGAAUAUGAACUCACCCUCGAAGAGGUUGGAUCACAGCUGAGCGAAUCCAAGCUCCAAAUCUCGGAAUUAAAGGAGAGUAAUCUGUGCCUGAAGGAAGCCGUGUGGACCAGUGACAGUGACGCAGCAUCCUGUCGUCAGUGCAACAAGCCUUUUUCUGUUGCACGGAGAAAGCAUCACUGCAGGAGCUGCGGCGAGAUCUUCUGCAACGCAUGCUCAGACAACACCAUGCCUCUUCCGUCAUCCGCAAAGCCAGUCCGUGUUUGUGACGGUUGCCACACAGUGCUGCUUCAACGGUAUUCAGCGUCCUGAAUAUGGACACCUGGCAACACCAGCGAGCGUGAAGCCUGAAAUCCUCUGUAUACUAAGCAGCCAUAUUUUUGCAGGAAAACUACAUUCAGGGAAC